UUGGUGUGUCUGAGAGUGGUGGGCGGGCGUUCCCUCAGCGCUCGUUCGUAUGGCGUUGCUGAUUAAGCGGCUGUGGCUAUGAGGGGCGGGGACGGCUGACAUCACCUCCAGCACCUGAACUGUAAAUUUCAUCUGCUUUGGCACUUCAGCCCCUGUAGUUCUUCUGUAUACCAAGGGGCCAAUUUUGAAGAGGUUCGGAGAGGAUAUUUAGGAGCGAUCAUGUCUACUGCCCGGGAUGUUUGUCGUCCGCUGCUUCAUUCCUUUGCCUUUCUUUGUAAUAAGGUCUUUGUGAGAGACCUUUAAAAAUGCUGUGAGCCUUUGGCCCAAGACAGAUGUGCAAAUGGCAGCCAGAUGUCAUUUGACCCAAAUAGAAAGUUUUGAAUCGGAACCAGGACAUAUGAAUGGCUCGGUGUCAGGGCCUUGCUGGCCAGAGGCCUGCUCUAGUUAGACAGUCACUGAAUAUAAGCUGUUGCUAUAAAGGCAUCAGUUCCUGAGAAGCUGCUGCUGGAUCCCUCAAGAGAAGUCCAAGCAGCAGAAAGAGCCCUCCACAAACAGAAGAAGAUGGGAAACCUUUUGAUGCUACUGUUGAUUACCUUGGUCCUGACAGGCCCCUGCUGUUGUGAAGGAGAUACACACAAGCUCCUGGAUAAAGGAGUUAAGAUAAAUCGUGAAACUGCCAACACCUUUGUGAGGAGGCAGAAGAGGUCCUAUCCAUACUAUGAAAGGUACUAUGAAAUGCUCAAGACCCCGCUGGAGAUGAAGCAUGAGCAGUGUGAGAACUACGCACCCUGUGACUAUUACUCGGAACACGUGGGAUUCCACACAGCAUAUCGCUAUUAUUUUGGAAGUGUCUGAAGGUGGCCUUUCCCUGUUCUCACCGGCUUGGGGCAUCUAGAGACAGAUAUCUAAAAUAUAAAUAAAAGCAAUUGAAUGAAAGGUGCAGGUGUGGGAGCAAAGGAGACAAAAUAAAUUACACUUGUGGUUCUAUGAUACUAGGAAGAGCCACAAACAGCAAUAUUUAAGCAACAAGUCUGCAUUCCAGUCAGGUAAUUUGAGGCAUUUAGGUCCUCAUUGUUCUGGGGCCAUUUCUUUAGUAACCAGUUCCAGAGCUUACGACACUUGUUUAUGGAUUAUUUAGUAUGAUCUGAACUGGGCACAGGGCAUCUGUGCCUCUCGUUUUCUUCUUGGCUUUGCUCUCGCCCUCCCACCGGCCACCGCUUUCCUCUCACCCUCCCUGCCAGAUGGCUGCUGCUCGGCCAUUCUCCUGGCCAGCAGUUUCUUUCCCCCCACCUGCCCGUCCCUGCGGUUAUCUGGCAGCUGCUCAUGCACUCUCACCAUGUCAUGCAUGGGAUUAGCAACAAGUACGUUUAAGAGAAAUAUAUAGCUAGAUGCCAUGGAAAGUGCGGGAUGGUGGCGGGGAGGCAGAAAUGGUGGUCUGGGCAAGUGUUUGCCAUGGUGCCUGGAGGCUGAUGAUCAUUUUCAGAGUUGGGUUUCUUCAUGGGCACCCUAAAGCAAAAUCAGUGCCCCGUGCUAGGGCUAUGCUAAACCUUCUAAUGGUCUCGAUCAGCAUGAAGAAAGAGAUUGUGGAGAGGGGGCAAAAUGUUUCAGAAAUCACCCCAAAUAUGAUCUCUUUGUGCUUGUUCCCUGUUAUUCACAGCUCUAAUUGGCUGCUGCUUUAGUGCCAUUUUUUUUUUAAAGGUCACUUUCCUCCUAGAAAUACUAAGAUUGUCACAUAACCAGUCAGUUAUGACCAGUGAUUAUCUUACUGAAGCCAAAAAGUCUAUGCAGAAUGAUGGUGUUGCUCAUAAGCUUAGGCCAAGCUAGACAUGGUGUAAUAAUAAAUAAUAAACAAAUAAUAAACUAUUA